GAACUUUUGUUUUAGCUUUUUAAGUAAUACAAAUAUAAUACGUUUAUAUAGAUUGAAUAUUUAAUUUGACUUUUCGUGUAUGAUGAAGAGAAUGCCAGAAAGAAAUAUGGCCGCCGCGGUAAGAAUGCGUGAAUGUUGGUUGAUCAGUAAAGAGGAGAAGCAGAAUCGAAUCAGGCUGCCACAUGCAGAGCCAGUUGUGAUUGGUCGGGGUCCUGAGACAAGGAUUGUAGACAAGAAAUGCUCAAGGCAGCAAGUUCAGCUUAAGGCAGAUUGUAACAAAGGCUACGUGAAGAUCAAACAGAUAGGAACCAACCCAACCAGCAUUGAUUCCUCAAGUAUCGGAAAGGAUCAAGAACUUAAGCUUCAGCCUGGGCAGAUCUUGUACCUGGUGAAUGAUCUUUAUCCUUACACGGUUGAGUUUUUAGAAGUAGCUGGAGAAAAAGGAAAUGAGAAGACUGUUCCUCACAAAAGACCAAGGCCUGCAGAUAGCUCCCUGGAUGACAGCAUGCAAAGCACUAAAAAACCAACAAAGAUAGAUUCUGUUGUUAGUUCUAAUUCUGCGACACACAACAUGUCAACGAAAAAGCAGCUAAAUGCUCCUGAGGUCAAAAGUCAAGGACAUUGGAGCCAGGGGUUAAAAGUCUCCAUGCAAGACCCAGCCAUGCAGGUGUACAAGGAUGACAAAGUUGUGGUAAUCAAAGACAAAUACCCAAAGGCACGUCACCACUGGUUGGUUUUGCCAUGGGAAUCCAUCUCCAGCUUGAAGGUGUUAAGUGCGGAACAUCUUGACUUGCUGCAACAUAUGCACCAGAUAGGCGGGAAAAUGACACAGGAGCAAUCGGACCUCAAAGGCGCAAGGUUCAGAUUAGGUUACCACGCUAUUCCAAGCAUGAGCCACGUUCAUCUGCAUGUCAUCAGCCAAGACUUUGAUUCACCUUGUCUAAAAAAUAAAAAACAUUGGAACUCCUUCACUACUGAUUAUUUCAUAGAAUCUGAAGAUGUCAUUGAGAUGAUUAAGACAAAGGGCAAAGUAUUUGUCAAAGAUGGAAUGUCGGAGCUUUUAAAAUUACCUCUUCAGUGUCACGUUUGCAAACAACAACAAUCAACUAUCCCGCAGUUAAAAGAGCAUCUGAAGAAACAUUCGACGCAAUUUCUAUGAAACUAUUGGUUGUGUUACAGCCUUUGAUUCACACAGUAACAUUACACGACGACUGAAACCUAACAAAAUUCAUUCUGUUACAGGUAUAUGAAAUGCAAUUUUCAUUAUCAAAUCAAAAAACAUUUUUUGUUAUUAAUGUUUUAAUUACGUUCCUGUGUAAAAUAAAACUCCUUUUUGUUUUCA